UUGCACUCCCCAAGGUGGAAGAAACCCUAAAUUCCCUCCCAGUGAAGAGAGAGUGAGUUUUAGAGAGGAAACAAUGGCUUCAAACAGCAUAUUUGAGUCACUUCCUUCUUACCAGCACUUCUUGAGAGAUACCAGCACCAGCCGCCGCUUCACGCCGCCCUCCACCACGCUGAGCCCGGGGAAGAUGAGCGAGCCGCUGGCGCUGCCCGGCGCCGAGCACAGCGGGGCUUUGCCGGGGAAGCUGCGCGGCGCCGACCGCAGCAUGGUGGAGGUCCUGGCGGAUCACCCCGGGGAGCUGGUGCGCACCGACAGCCCCAACUUCCUCUGCUCCGUGCUGCCCACGCACUGGCGCUGCAACAAGACGCUGCCCAUCGCCUUCAAGGUGGUGGCCCUGGGGGACGUCCCCGACGGGACCCUGGUGACGGUGAUGGCCGGGAAUGACGAGAAUUACUCGGCGGAGCUGCGCAACGCCACGGCCGCCAUGAAGAACCAGGUGGCGCGCUUCAACGACCUGCGCUUCGUGGGCAGGAGCGGCAGAGGGAAAAGCUUCACCCUGACGAUCACAGUCUUCACAAACCCUCCCCAAGUAGCCACGUACCACAGAGCCAUCAAGAUCACAGUGGAUGGACCUCGGGAACCCCGAAGUAAGUGA